AUGAAGACCAUCGAAUGGCUGUGGCUCUGGUCCCUGUUCUUUUCCGUUUUGGUCUGCAGAGCCAGAAAGCUCGAGUUUGUCCAGGCGCUGUGGCGCCACGGCGAUCGCGCUCCACUGCACCUACCGUAUCCAAAAGACCUUUAUACAGAGGAAUUUUGGCCUCGCGGAUGGGGUCAGUUAACUGGGGUGAGAUCCCUCAAGAGAUUUUGAGACUGUUUGAACGCACUUCAGGUCGGAAUGCAGCAAUUGCAUGAGCUCGGCUCGCAUUUCCGACAAAGUUACGUUUCCACUAAUUUUGUCAACCAAACCUUCUCAACCAAGCAGGUUCUAUUGGAAGUCUAGACUCCACGAUAUAGACUUUAGGUAUAUCUGCGAUCUUCGGAUUCAGACCGUGCUUUGGUCUCAGCUCAAGCUUUUUUGUACGGGUUUUAUCCGGCUGUCGGAAACUUCGCUUGGGCUCGAAACACAGAUUGGCAACCAAUUCCAGUUCAUGCUAGUACUCCAGGCGAGCCUGACAUUGUGAGGAUCACGCAUGAAAGUUCUGAAGAAAAGCUACUUUCAGCUAACAAAAGCGACGUCGAUCGCCUGCAAGAACUACGACGACACUACGGAUGCUGGAGACGCUCGCGACGCCGAAAUAUACAACGUCCAGUACAAGGAACUCUUCGAGGCUCUAUCCGUUGGAACGGGAAUCGCUAACUUCUCCUACCUCAAUAUCAACGGCAUUUUCGACAUUCAGAGAGAGGUCAACUUACUUUCUUGAAGUGAACUUAGGAAGAGAUAUUAGAAAGUUCAUCAUUUCUCGGAAAAAUAGUACUCUACGCGAUAUUUAUGUGAAAAAUAUGUAAAAUUUUAAUGGGAGAAAGUAUAAAAAUUCUAAAUCAAUGAAAAAUCAAAUAAAAUGAGCUGAUAUGAACACAUAAUUAUAACUAUAUUUCGGAUUAUGCUGAAGCAUUAAUCUUAGCCUUACAUAUCAAAAUCUCACUUUCAGUUUUUUUUUAAUUUUCAAUUUUAGUAAAUGUCAUUUCACUCCUAUUUUUACUAUAUUAACUCCCAAAGCGUUCUAUUAUUUUAUUUUUUUGAAUAAAAUUUCUAGUUACUGCACAACAUGACGACAUUGCAACCAGAAUGGGUCUACCACGUCUGGCCGCAAUACGAGAAUCGUACAACCAUGGAAAUCAUCACAGAACUGCGGACGAUUCGGAUGAAUAAUCUUUUUGCUACCGCUAAUCAGGCCAAGGUGCUCCUCUCCGUAAUUCCAAACCUUUUAUAUCUACAGCUCAUGGGCGGAUAUUUGCUCAAUACUUGGAUACAGCAAGCCGAAACAGUUAGCCGUGGUGAAAUGUCCGAGAAAAUGCUGCUAUAUUCUUCGGUUCUUAUUAAACGUGUUCGAAAAAUCAUCAAAAUGUCAGCACGACGGGGUUUUGCUUUCUCUUCUCAACGCUGUCGGUGCCGGCAAUUCUGAGAUGGUUCCCUACGCCGCAGCUCUUAUCAUGCAUGUCUACUCCGACAACGGAGAUUAUUUCGCCGAGGUAUAACAUUUUUCACUUAAAAGGAAACUCAAUGAACUUCAGAGAUCUUCGAAAUUCGCUCAAAAUUUCCUUGAAACAUCCAAAAAAAAUCUCUUUCUGCACAAGUUCCUAAAUUUUUCUAAAAUGAGCAGAGCAAAGUAAAAAUUGAUUUCGAAAGUACAUUUUUUGAUAUUAUUUAAGUUGCGCUGGCUCAGAUUUUCUUAACCUUCAUUAUUAUCAUAGAAGAGUAUUGGGUUGCCUUUGAAAAAGUUCUGAAAUUUUUACAAAAAAUAAUUCUUAUUUGAAAUUGGAACUAAAUAUUGUAGCUUUUCUACCGCAACGAAACUAAAAGACCACCUUAUCGCCUAAGAAUGUCCGGUUGUCCCGACCCUUGCCGAGUUUCGGAAUUGGCUUCCGGCUAUUCGCAAACCACUAUAACUAGCCUUGAUCAAAUGCUACAGGUUCAACUAUUUUUUUUCGUAAAUUUGUAAAAAAAAAAAGAAAUUUCAGCUUUGCGGGAACUCUUCAAAAUCAAGGAUAUAUUCUUUUACAACUCCUAUUUUAUUAUUUUUCACCUUUCAAUACUUUUUCAAAUAAACUGUGACACCACCGGUGCUGUACCAAGAAUCACACAUCGAAAAGCCCCCGCCAUCUUCAACAACACAAAAAAAAGAUAGCAGUUGGCACUAACCUGGCUGAAGCGGCAAAAAGUGCAACUGGAAGUUCUGGGUUGUUUGGUUUGAAAUCGUCGCCGAACUGGGACAUCGGAUCGAUGGCGAAGAUGUGUGGACUCGCAGAAGGCCUGUCACCUCUUCCAGUUUCUCUCUGGAAGCAUCAUUUUCGAAUGAAAUUGAUAAGAAACGGUGAAGUUUUUUGAAAGUCGAUAAACCUAAAAUUAGAAAGAGAUAUUCCAGAAAAACACGAGUAAAAAAAUACAUUCAUAUAGGAGUUUUUUUUUAUUUAAUUUUGAAAUCAAGAUUAAAAUUUACUUUAUUGAAGCUAUUCCAGCGAUUUCGUAUUAUUUAAAAAUAUCAUUAUGAAAAAUUUUUUUCUAUGAGAGCAAAGUUUAACACCACACGAUUUUUGUUCUGACUGGGCUGUUAUUUUUCCAGAAAAAUGGGAAAUUCUUUUUUUAAGUUUUAAAGAAGUUCUUCUUAUAUAAUAUCCAAGUACAGCUAUGAAUUUUCAGUUCUGAAAGUCCCACUGUUUCUUUUAGUUUCCGAGUCAUAUGACUUGAAGAUAAACCAUUCCCAAAUUAAAUCUAAAACGGUCAACCUGAAAUUGCGGAUGCCAACUCGUUUGCCACGAGUACCGCCUGAUCAAAAGCCUUGGAUCUUUCUGAAAGAAUGUUGGCAAAAAACGAGCCAGGUGUUGCCGGAGACCAUGUGUUUUAUUUUUGUUUUCUUGCCGACGGCGGCAGUUGCACACGCCCUCGGAGCCACUUUACCCGAUUCCUGUCGUGUUCAGUUGCCUUUGCUUUUUAUCGAGCGUCAAAUUGUUUCACUUAUACUGCUAGAAGUCAUAUUCAUUCAGGAUGACCGACUACGCGUUGGUCAGGUCGAGGAGCACGGCUCUCGCCAGAGCUCGGUCCUGCGAGCCUUCCUCUUCGCUUUAUGUUCGUUUCUUAAAUUUUUUUUUGUUUUGAAAAUGAUGAAAAAAAUCUCCUGGAAAGUUAGAUUAUCUAAACAUAUACAUUUCCUUGAAAAACUUUUGAAAAACUUUUGUAGUAGACCCUUUACAGUUUUAAUAUAAAAAAAUUGUUAAAAUCGGUUUUGGAUGAGUACAAAAAAAUCUGCCAUUCUCCUGCUUCAUUUUGUAUCCUUAUCAGUGUCCUAAACUUAUUUACAAAAUAGUCUAAAACAUAUUAAUCCCAAAGAAAAACAAGAAUAAAAAGCUCAAAACUUGAAUCCGUCUCUGCUUAACGUUGAAAAAAGCUUCGAUUUUAUUUGAUGGCAGAGAAUCUAAAAACAAUAGCGAGAAUAGUUUAAAGCAGCAACCCCCGCAGCUGCUCUCCGACCUUUUCUCUGCCAAUAAAUGAUUGGCAAACGUCACGUGUUAGGAAAACUUUGAGUCAUUCUAUGAAAACUCUGAAAAAGUUUCACUAAGACAAUUUAUUUAAUGAAAAUAUUGGAAAUUAAGUUAUUUUUAAAAGAAAAAAGAUUUCUUGUGUUUGAGAAUCGCCAAACACAUUUUUGUUUUUGAGUAAUGGGUUUUUGUUAUAUAAAUUGUGAAUACGGCAUGUGAAUACUUCUGUGAUUGAGGAUUCAUACUUCUCAUUUUUUGGAAAAAAAAUUAUAAAGAAGUUCAAGAACAAUUUUAGUUGACGCGUACUCGGUCCGUGCCUGACCUGACGUCGUACUUCAGAAGUUCGGAUCGCUACCGUCCCCAGUGGCACACCGUCUGGCAGUCGACUCCUUAUCGCUGGCGCCGCGAUUGGGACUUGGUAUAAUUUUUGAAACAGCUCAACCCCUCGCGGUUGUGUCGCGGUCGAAACUAGAGUUUCAAAGGUUUUACUCGAAGUUUCUUUUGAACAAAGUAGCUUUUAGGGACAUCUUUUCUAGUCACUGCUCUGCAGCCGCUACGCAUCGAACCGCUCCCUGAGCGUCAAGUCUAAUCUUAAAAACUUUAAUUGAUUCAGUACGACGACUACUGGUACGACAAGUAUUACUACUUCUCUCCUCUUUACAGCACCUACACGCCCAGCCGCCGUUACUACUACAGGUACAAUGAAAUUUUUAUCAAAGUAUUGGAACCAAACAAAAAUCUAGUGACUAUCUGCCCAAUCCUUACUACUGGCGUCCGUACUCGAGCUACUGGACUCGCUACAAGGGAUACUGGUGAUUUUUGAGUUGAACUUCGAAAAAGGAACAUCCUUAAUAGGUAGGGGGCGCAAAGCCCCGCCCCUUCACGCCACCAAAAUGACGAUUUUUUUGUUGCAAAAACGGUUUUGAGGCGUUUAUACUAGCUAAAGUCCCAUCUUAAAAAAUCAACUAUUUCUGUAAACCUAUGUAAUCGACAACGCUCUACAAGACUGAAUAUUUUUAAAACUAUGUAUUUUUCAAAAAUAAGCGAAAAAGUAAGAUUUAACACGAAAAAAACUGACAAGUUUCACAAAAUCGUCGCGUUUCAGAAAACCAAGUGAGGAACGCUUCUAAAUUUUAAGUAUGUUAUACAUUAACACUUUCUUUAUUUUUUGAGUGAAAAUGAAAAAAAAUCUACCGACGCGAAAAAAAUAUUAAAGCUUGUAAAGUGACACCAAACUUUGAAGCUGAAAUGCGAAAAAAUUUCAGCGACAUGGUAUACUUUUUAUUUGGUUUAAAAACUAACAGUGUGUCCAAGAAUAAAAAAAUUCAAAAUGAAAAAUAAUUAUUGGGACAGCGAGUCAAAUUAUAUUUGAGUUUUUACCAAAACCUCCUUUUUUUCGCCUGCCUCGUUGACGCAUGAGAGAAUAGGAUCGCGUCUAUAUUUUUUUGAUUAUGUUAUUAAGCGUUCAAAACUCUAUCAAUGAAAAAAUUAUGAAAAAAUCGAUCGACGCGAAAAAAAUAACGGCUUUGAAAAACCUCGAAAAAAAUGGCAAUUUUUUGAAAUUUCGGAAGAUUUCGUGCAAGUGUCCGUAGCAGUGUUUGCGUCAAACACACCGAUGCGCCCUUUUAAAUGUCGCAGGAGCCGUUUUUCGGAGUCAAAUUGCACUUUUUCCUGUUUUAUUUCGAAAUAACAUUAUUUUUCAUUUUUUCUUUUUUCCAAAUCGAAUGAUAAUAAUUUUUCUGAGUAGAAAAAAGAAAAAUAAGCUGAAAAAUCCUUUUGACCUUUUUUCUAGGUAGUUUUUUGAUAUUUCAUCAAAACUUCUUAUGAGGAUUGUACAAAAGAUUCAUACCAAAACAUGAGGCUCAGUUCGGACAACCUCUCAGAACAGAAAACCGAUUUAAAAACGGUCCAGAAACGCGCAAAAACAUUUAAAAAGAAAGCGUGCGGCAGCGGGUAAACCGUGAGAUUUUGCCUCCAGUUGUACGCCGCGCGCGCUCGUUUUUUGGCCAUAACUUUUUUCUUAGUGAACCUUUUUUCAAAAACUAAACGGAUUAUGAAAAUGGACAGUCUCCCCUAUCGAACAAUGUGAAAAACAUAUUUUUUGAAUCAUUCUGAAGAAAUGGCUUGCGGACCCUAUUAAUAGGUACGACUACGACUACCCAUCGUACUACCGCCGCUACACGGACUCUGCUUUCAAUCGCUACCUGACCUCGACCUACACGCCCUACAGGUAUCAAUCAAUCCAAGCCAACCACCGUAACCUCGGCGCCUGCAGAUCUUACCUUUUGGACUCGCUCUCGACGUCCCUCGGCCGCGGACUCGGCAUGUAUAAGGCAGGUAGGUUCAUUUUUUUCCCAAGAGCUCACGGAAACUUUUUCUUAUCUGUCUAAAAUUUCCCUGGUCCCUUUAUCGGUCGAAGUGUAGAGAAUAAGAAGUUUUUCUUCUGUUGUUCUUGAUAAGAAAUAAAAUUUAUUCGAACGAAUAAAUCUUUGAAAAAUUUUCGAUGACUAUUCAAUAUAGGGUGUAAAAAUCUUUAAAUACCCAGUCUGUAAAAUCUCUUAAUUUUUGAGAAAGAAGCUUCGAAAUUCCAGCCCCUUUUCCUAAUCUCAUAAAAUUUUGAGUAAGCUGUUCAGGUUGAAAAACUUCAUCUAACAUGUGUUCAAACAUUUCGGCCGACUUAGAAAGAAAGUUCUCAACUUAUUCUACACCUCGACCCCCGUAGAAAUUUAUAGAACUUUUAGAAAUCGUUUCCAUUGAAAAAUGAAGAAGUUCAGGCAGCUCUUUAUGGUACUACUAACCCGUUUUCUCCUCUUUACCUCUACACUAGAUAUUAAGCUUUCGAGGUUAGGAACUUUUCUCUUUGAUUAGAGUGUAGUUUUCAUCCCAAUCGAUCAAUAAUCCCUGAGCACCUUGAAUUUUGCAGGUCUGAUCCCCUACCGCACGCUCGACACCUACUGGUUGACGCCUUCUUACUGGGACCGGAGGUUCAAGGAUUGGCGAGAGCUUUACUGCACCACCAAGGAUCUCUACCUGCCUUCCACCUACGACCGCAAGACUCGCCAAUACUUUGCCCAAUGGUCCUAA